GGGACGUAACGCUCGCACCUCGUGAAACAUCAACACGGAGUGACGCACGGCCCUUCGCUCCCAGCACGUUAAUGCUAAUGCUAAACCAAGGCAACAGAAGUCGGUGUGUCGUAGAUCGUUAUUUGCCGUUUAAAUCAGUCCUGGACCGCGUAGAGGACCUCGUUUCGAUUUUGACAUAUUUGUCUGGGAUGUAUGGAUGGAUAGUUGACGGAUUCUCGUCGCUAUUUGAGCCCGUUUCGAGGCAAAACCCAACCGAGUGGUCCUCGCACGGUAACGUUAACGGAGAGAUACCAACGCAACCCGGCGUGAAAGCGGGACAGCGGCGGCAGGACGGCGGGAGCAGACCGGCGAAACGGAGCUACCAGAGUGUGCAUGUUGCCGAGAGCGUUUCCCAGAGCGACCAGGUCGAGGUGAAGCGACCUCGCCGAGAUGUCGUGAUCAGCUUUCUGAAGAAGACUGUGGCUGGAGUAGCAGGUCUGCUCGGGCUGCGUAAACCUCAGAAACAAAAGUGUUCGAAGGCCCGGCAGUACGAAGAGACACGGCCUGUGACUUUACUGGGCAUAGAUGAGCUUCAUACCUCACGGCUGAACAUCCCUGACUGGAGAAUGGACAAACCCAUGAAUGGAGUAAAUGAGAGAGGCGGGAAGAAUCUCUUCCAGAACUCUUUACCUGUAAUGAGGAAAUACAGUGGAGCAGCGCCCCCUACAGGCCUGCCAGAAAGAGGGAAAGAUGGUGAGAGGAGAGGCUCCCUCCAGCUGCUGCCCACCAGGCCUGCUGUCAGGAUAGGGGCUGCGAACCCUGACCUCCCCUACAACGGCUUUGGAUACAGUCGCUGCUCCAAGCCCAGUCUUACAGUGGAAGAGGCCAUAAAGCAAAAUGAUAAGGAGCAUUACAGGCGCCUGCUGGAGAUGGUGACAGAUAAAUACAGCAAAAGCCAACCACUACCCUUCAACCAAACCAAACCACAAGAGAAGCCACUGUCACAGGUUGAUCAUAAAACUGCUGCCUCAGGAAAAACCUUUGAUUCAGUACCAAGAAAGAUGGGACACAUCGCUGCACCGACUGUUUUUACAUGGAAUAACAGAUCUGUCCCCAAGGACAGGCGGAGCUUGACCUGCACCAAGCCGCUCAGUGGGACCUUUGAGGAUGUACAGCCGGUCAGAUGCACAAAGCAGAAGCAAACCACAGACUUGGACCUUUCCACAGAAGUAGCGACUCGUCUGAAUCUUGUGGACAGAGACACUCCGGCUGUCGGCGCUCCAGACACACAUUCUGCACAUACAUGGCACAGUGAUGAGGACAUACCCCGGCUAACCAAGGAAAUGGCGGCGGAGGUGAGCGCAGCGCUCUCCCAGAGUGAUCCCAACCUCGUUUUGAGUGCAGCUUUCAAGCUUCGCAUCACACAGAGAGACCUGGCCACACUGCAGGAAGGAGGGUGGCUCAAUGAUGAGGUGAUGAACUUCUACCUCUCCCUGGUCAUGGAGCGCUGCUGCGGCGAAGCCGGACAGCUAAGAGUCUACUCCUUCAGCACCUUCUUCUUCCCGAAGCUCCAGGGUGGAGGAGGCGGUCAACCUGGAGGUCACGGAGCCGUGAGGCGCUGGACCAAGUCCGUCGACCUCUUCCAGUUUGAUCUCAUCCUGGUCCCGCUGCACCUCGGGGUCCACUGGGCGUUAGCUGUGAUAGAUUUCAAGUCGAAGACGGUGAAGUCGCUUGACUCGAUGGGACAGAGACACGAUGACAUCUGCAGUAUGUUACUACUUUACCUUAAAGAGGAGCACAAAGCAAAGAAGGGCAGAGAGCUGGACGGUGCCAAGUGGACUUUCAGAAGCUUCAGAGCUUCGGAAAUUCCCCAGCAGAAAAAUGGGAGUGACUGUGGUGUUUUCGCCUGUAAAUAUGCCGACUACAUUGCAAGAGGAAGGCCUCUCACCUUUAAACAGUGCCACAUGCCCCUCUUCAGAAAGUUGAUGAUGUGGGAAAUCCUCAACAAGAAGCUGCUAUAAAUGUUCACAUCAAUCUCCAAUGGACUGCACAGCUUCAGAGACUUUGUCUCCGGGAGCAGCGUCUGUGUACAGUGACUGUGUGAAAGA